UAUAAGUGUAUAUUACCUCUUUAAUAAAACCUAUUUUUGUGACUUUUAGCCUUGAGUGCUACUUUGGGAACAAAAACUUGGUUUGGUGCUAUUCUAGUCUUUUUCUCAAUAAAAUUGGACUUAUUUAAAUUUCUUUAAUCUUUUCAACCAAAUCACUUAUUCGACUGCUACCACUCGAGAGCCUUAAUAUCUUAUACUAACGACAAGAAGAAGUAAGUAUCGCAUAAAUAGUAAGUCCAUUGAUUUGAUGUAAAAGGACACCUUUGUAGAGUGGGAAUGUUUAGAUUCACAUCAUGCGUUAAAUGUAGUAUAAAUACUUAAAUAGUAUGAAAACGACUUAUUAUACAUUAUCCAAAUAAACGUAAUUGAAAAGAAAAAGAGUGGACCCAAAACAAAGUUGUGGAGGAGAUGAAUAAAUAAAUAAAAGAUUAUAAAGAGAGAAGCGACGAGGAUCAUGUGUUGCAACUUGCAUCUAUCUUUAUUUUGACCAUUUAGCAUUUUAGCUAACUAAACGUGAACACUAUCCCUUAUGAAUCAAAAUCGUAUGCAAAGUUCUCAUCUCUGUUCUUUUUUCACAUAAUGUAAUCCCAUCAUACAGCGCAUGAGUAUAAACUUCAUUAACUCCAGCUACGAUAACAAACCACACAUGAAGCAUUAUCUCAUACCAUGACCACCACCAGUUUUUUUGGUCGUCACCACAACAAUGUAAUCUUUCCAACAACUAACGCAGAGAGGAACGCGGCAAGCAGUGCCGUGCGACAGUGUUGAAAAAAGAAACCUUGGCUUAUGGCAGCAAAAGGUAAAUAAAGAUCAAAGGCAUCAUAUAUUGACUAUUACCAUUCAUAACAUAACCAUUAGAAUUUGAGUUUAUACAACGAAAGCACUAUAAUAAAUUAGACUAAACAUGAGCCUAUAAUUAACGAAUACAUGGGUUUCCUAAGUAACAAACAAUGUAAACAAAUGCUAUAGAACUAAAAUAGUUAGAUAUUAGUGAUUAUAGUUCUGAAUUUAUUUUUGAAAUAUUAAAAAGCUAAAGUUGGUCAAAUUUUAUCUUUGUUUGAUUACGGCAUAAAAUACUGAGUAAUUCAAUUAUUUUACCUUAGAAUUAAUUAGAAAAUUUAAUGAUGAAUACUUGAUUAAUAUUUUUAAUAAAUAUAAAAAGUCUUGUUGUAUAAUUACAAUUUUGUUUAAUUUUGUUUAUUAGUUUAAUUAUUUAUAUGUUCUUCUCUAUUAAAAUAUCUAUUUUAUUUUUAUUGUUGAGAUUUUUAUGAUUUGUUUAUGGUAACCUAAAAUGCUCGCAGGGCUAUAUAUAUAUACCUGUGUCUUGGAAUCUUAUCUUAAAUUACCUAAAAAGCAAGAAUCUGGUAAUAAUAAAUUAACAAAUGACACCCUCCAUUUCAGAUUGGCAUACGAAUCGUGUGAACUAAAGUCACACCUCUGAACUUUUUACAUUUUCGUCGGCCUUUUUGUCGCCGCAAAUAAGUCUCUAACCUUCAACUUUUCUCAAAGUGUAAACAUUGUUUUCUAAAAACUGACCUUUUCAAACAAACUUGUAUUGGGUAACCAAAAACGAUAAAGAAAUAUAUAUAAGCAUCAUAUAUCUCGUCAGUAUCCAAACCCCACGGUGUCUCUUACAACAUCAAUCCCAACGAAUCAUCUACUAUAAAAACCUACUUUGAGAAAAACCAUCCAAAACAAUGUACUCAUUAUCUUCUGUAAUAAAACGCCUCAUUUUGAUCCACGUCUUAGCCAUACAACCACUUCUGAUAAACAGCGACUUGUCCUUAAACACGACCAAUGCCUAUCUCAACCACAAAUGCUUGGUUAAUCAAGGAAAAUACAAGCCGGGAAGUAAGUACGAGGACCGUUUAAAAAGAACCCUCAAAAUGUUCUAUUCAGGCAGUUACAGAGGUUAUGACGGGAUCGGCGAUUCUACUUUUUCCGCUAUCAUCCAGUGCCGUGGCGACUCCUACGGGCCCAAGUGCCACGACUGCUUUGCCACCGCACUCUCUGCGCUUAGUAGGCGAUGUCCUUGGUACAAGGGGAGGAUAAUAUGGUAUGAUCAAUGUCUUCUCGCGAUUUCAUCCUUCAAUUCUAUUGGAAAGAUCGAUUACGACAAUAACUUUUGUAUGUCCAACGCGAAGAAGGUGGAAGGAAAUGUAAUCUCGUUUAUGAUUGCUUGGAAUACUCUAAUUGACGAUCUGACGAAGUCUGCCACCAGUGGAGAUAAUUACACACUGUACUCUGUGGGAGAAAAGCGGUACAAGGGUGAUAUGCUGUAUGGAAUGGUACAGUGUACGAAAGGCUUAUCGCCAAAAGCUUGUCAGGAGUGUGUGUCGUUUAUUAGCUUGCAUUUUCAAGAUUGCUUGAAUGAUAGACGAGGAGGGAGAGCUGUUGGUAGUAGCUGUAGUUUUAGGUUGGAGUUUUAUCCGUUUAUUGCCGAGCCCGUCCGGAAUAUUUAAUGAGCUAAAUAAAUAUUUAACUUUUUGCUUUCUUUUUUUUUCAAUCAAAAGUUUAUGUUACAUCAAGUGCUACUCUUUUGAAUGAAUUUUAAAAAAAUAAAACAACAAAAUAGUGACAAUAAAACAUCAAGUGCUACUCUUCUCUCCUGUUUCUUUAACAGUAACAUUCUAUUUCUUAUGAUUUUAUCAAUUAUAUAUAUAUAUAUAUAUAUAUAUUUUUUUUUAUCAAUUAUAUUUAGUCAAAAUUUUAAAUGUCUUUUAGAUUCUUUCUCAUAUUAGAUUGAGAUAUAUGAUGAUCCUGGAUCGGAGUCAACAAGGCAUUUAAUAAUACAUCCAUACAAAAACAAUCACAUGACAAUUCACAUCAUCAUGGUGUUUUUGUGAGUUGUGACAAGAAAGCAAUAUAACGACGAAUCACUUAAGCGCAACUUCUCUAGACAGUUAGGAAUGAUCAAUAUGUUAAUAGUAUAGAAAUAUACCUGUGUUUUGGAAUAUUAAUCUUAUGUUACCUUUUUUUGACAUGAAUCCUAUGUUACCUAAAAAACAAGAAUCUGGUAGUAAUAAAUUAAGAAAUGAAUUCCUUCAUUUCAGGUUGGCAACGUGCGAAUCGUGUGAACUUUUGUCAGCCCUCUUGUCGCCGCAAACUAGUCUCAACCUUCAACUCUUCUCUCCCCUCCUUACAUAGUGUAAACGACCAAAUUCGUAUUGGGUAACCUAAACCAAUAAACAAUAUACUGUAUAUAAAAAAAGUAUAUGUCAGUUCAGUCCAAAUCCCUCUGAUUCUCGUACAUAAACAUUAGUCCCAACUAAUCAUCUCGAAAAAAAACCUCUUUGAAAAAAAUCAUCCAAAACAAUGUACUCUUUCAUCGUCUGUAUUAAAACGCCUCCUUUUAAUCCGUGUCUUAGCCAUACAACUUCUCCUUAUAAGAAGUGAAUUGUCUUUAAACACGACCAAUGCGUAUCUCAACCACAAAUGCUUGGUUAGUCAAGGAAAACACAAGCCGGGAAGUAAGUACGAGGAACUUUUAAAUACUACCAUCGGAAUCUUCUAUGUGGACAGUAGAGAUAAUAAAGGUUUCACCCUGUUCGGCGGUUCUACUUUAACCGCUCUACUCCAGUGCCGCGGCGACUCCUAAAAACCCAAAGUGCCACGACUGCUUUGCUACUGCCCUAGCUGCGGUCAACAGCAUUGUACUCUGUGGGGGAGACGCAGUUCAAGGGUGAUACACAGUAUCGGCAAGGCAGAGGAAUGAGAAAGCAACUACAAAACAUUGUUUAUUGGAUAAUAAGAUAUAAAUAAGUGGGAGAAACAGAACAAACGGUGUGUUCUUUUUUUGGUGUGAGAAAGCACAACCAAACAGAAUAGAGCAAAAUGAAUAGACAAAAAUCUGAGGACAGGUCAAAGCGUAGCCGUCCUUAAGGCAGACAGGCAUGUGCAAUAUGCAACACAAAACCAAAAUAAUUAAAAUUCUCACACGUUACAGGUAGCCAACAAA